CAAUAAUCAAAAUAGAGUGGGGGGGGAGUAUUCUUUCAGUCAAGUGAGCAGAACAAAGAGAGCCAGAGACUCACACCUGUAGCGUUUUACCAAAAGCACAAGCUCCCAAAAAAGAGCCCCACAGCGUGGGUCUCAGCCAAAUUUACCUGCCAAGCCUCUUUACGUAAAAUGAGGAUGUAACUUAAAAGAGUGCUGGGAAUGUAGCUCAGGUGUGGCAAAUUUUCCACAUGGACAACAUGAAGAAAUCAAAACUAUCAAUAAACACAUGAAAAAGUGUUCUAAAUCUCUCCUGAUUAGAGAAAUGCAAAGAAAAGCAAGCCUGAAGUACCACCUGACACCCAGCGGACUAUCCAAUAUGGGAACAAAGGAAAAUGAUAAAUGUUGGAGGGGAUGUGGCAAACUUGGGACACUAGUACACUGCUAGCUGUGAAUUGGUCCAACCAUUCUGAAGGCCUGUGCACAAAGGGCUUUAAAAGGAUGCCUACCCUUUGACCCAGACAUACCACUGCCAGGUUUGUACCACAAAGAGAUAAUAAGGAAAAAUACUUGUACAAAAAUAUUAAUAGCUGUGCUCUUUGUGGUGGCAAAAAAAAAAGGAAAAUGAGGGGAUGUCCGUUGAUUGGAGAAUGGCUAAAUAACGUGUUGUUUAUGUUGGUGAUGGAAUAUUAUUUCACUGAAAGGAAUAAUGAACUGAAGGAAUUCCAUGAGAACUGGAUUGACCUCCAGGAAUUGAUGCAGAGUGAAAGGAGAAGAACCAGGAUAACAUUAUACAGAGACUGACACAUUAUGGCAAAAUCAAAUGUAAUAGACUUUUCUACUAGCAGCAAUGUGAUGAUCCAGGACUAUCUAAAGGAACUUAUGAAAAAGAAUACUGUCCAUAUCCAGAGAAAGAACUGUGGGAACAGAAAUGUAGAAGAAAAACAUAUGAUCAAUCACAUGGUUUGAGGGGAAUAUGAUUGGGGAUUUUGACUUUGAAUAAUCACUCUGUUGCAAAUAUGAAUAACAUAGAAAUAGGUUUUCAACAGUGAUACCUGAAUAACCCAGUAGAAUUGCUCAUUGGAUCUGCAAGGUGAGAGGGAGGAGGGGUGGUAAAAAUCACAAAUCAUGUAACCAUGGAAAAAUGUUCUAAAUAAAACGAAUUGCCAAGAAUUCACAUCCAGGUCAGACCCCUUCAGCCUCCACCACCAGUAGCUCCUCUGCCACCAGCUCUUGUGCUACGCUGGGCCAGCAACUCAACGUGGCUCCUCCGGCUGGGCAGGAGGCAGCUGAACAAGGGCAGAGGUUGGGGGGGAAAGGCAUCAUAGCCAUCGAAUUCCAUCCAUCUUGAGCAUCUCCAUGGGGUGGUUUGCCCACUCUGUCCAUGUCCUUUAAGAACCCUUCCAGUGCAACAGCUACACCAAAGGCACAGUCAUAGCCUUGUAUUUAACAGGAUUUUGUCUUCCUGGAAAACCAUCUUCAGUGUAAAGCUGGAAAUAGCUUGCCUUUAAAUUCCAUCUCUUAAUUUUCCCUUUUGUUGCACUUUAGAGGAACAUCAAGAAACCAUGAACAGCUUCAUCAAUUAUGAAUUUGACUUCAAUUUCCUUGAUGAUGGCUUUACUGCUAAGGAUAUUUUGGACCAGAAAAUUAAUGAAGUUUCUUCUUCUGAUGAUAAAGAUGACUUCUGUGUUGCUGACCUCGGUGACAUCCUAAAGAAACAUCUGAGAUGGUACAAAGCUCUUCCUCAAGCAACUCCUUUUUAUGCUGUUAAAUGUAAUGACAACAGAGCUAUAUUGAAGACACUUGCUGCAGUAGGAGCAGGAUUUGAUUGGGUUAGCAAGACUGAAAUGCAAUUAGUACAGAAUCUUGGGGUGCCACCAGAGAUGACAAUCUAUGCAAAUCCAUGCAAACAAGUGUCACAAAUUAAGUAUGCUGUCAACAGUGGAGUACAAAUGAUGACUUUUGAUAGUGAAGUAGAAUUAAUGAAAGUUGCCAGAGCUCAUCCAAAGGCAAAGCUUGUUUUAAGGAUGGCCACUGAUGACUCCAAAGCUGUCUGUCGUCUAAGUGUUAAAUUUGGUGUCACUCUCAAAACUAGCAGGCUACUCCUUGAGCGGGCAAAGGAACUGAAUAUUGAUGUUAUUGGAGUCAGUUUCCAUGUGGGAAGUGGUUGUACUGAUCCAGAAACAUUUGUCCAAGCAGUCUUUGAUGCUCGAUGUGUCUUUGACAUGGGGGCAGAGUUUGGUUUCAACAUGUAUCUUCUUGAUAUUGGUGGUGGCUUUCCUGGUUCUGAAGAUGUAAAGCUUAAAUUUGAAGAGAUCUCAACUGUAAUCAAUCCAGCACUGGACAAGUAUUUUCCUCCUGACUCUGGAGUGCAAAUCAUAGCUGAACCUUGCAGAUACUAUGUUGCAUCAGCUUUCACGCUUGCAGUUAACAUCAUUGCCAAAAAAGUUGUAUUAAAGGAACAGACAGGCUCUGAUGAUGAAGAUGAGGCAAAUGACCAGACCUUUAUGUACUAUGUAAAUGAUGGAGUAUAUGGAUCAUUUAAUUGUAUCCUAUUUGAUCAUGCACAUGUUAAACCUCUUCUACAAAAGCGGCCCAAACCAGAUGAGAAGUAUUACUCUUCUAGCACAUGGGGACCAACAUGUGAUGGCCUUGAUCGAAUUGUCAAAUGCUGUGAUUUACCAGAAAUGCAUGUGGGAGAUUGGAUGCUGUUUGAAAACAUGGGAGCUUAUACUGUUGCUGCUGCUUCUACUUUCAAUGGAUUCCAGAGAUCCACUAUCUAUUAUGUGAUAUCUGGGCCAGCAUGGCAAUGCAUGCAACAAAUCAAGAACCAAGACUUUCCAGCAGAAGUAGAGGAUCAGGAUAUCAACACUUUGCCAUUGUCUUGUGCUUGGGAAAGUGGAAUGGAACAUCACUCAACAACUUGUAUUUCAGUUAGUGUUAAUGUAUAGAUUCUGUUUGUAGCCAUUCAUUGCAAGUUUAGCUUGAAUUAGAGCAUUUUGGUGGACCAGUAACAAUUCCUGCUAGAGUUUUUAAAUAUGUUUUAAGACUAGGCCCGGCACAAAUGCAACAUUAUGGAAUACUAAGAGAUGGGGUCACACUUAUCUGUGUUCCUGUGGAAACUUUGAAUAUUUGUUUUAUAUGAAUUUUUAUUCACUUUUCAAAUAUGCUUCAAAAGAUUACCCCUCAGCUGCUAUGCAAGCAUUUGUAGCUUGUACAAUGGCAGAAUUGAGUUUAGUGUUGUGACCUGUUUUAAAAUAAAAGUAUAUUGAAAUAAUAAAAAAAAAGAAUUCACAUCCAUAUGAAAUAAUGCUCAAAAUCAUCAAUAAUAGAAGAAAUACACAUCAAAACAACCCUAACAUUUUGCCCCAUACCCUGUAAAUUGACAGAUGACAGAAAAAAUAGUAAUAGUUAAUAUUGAUGGGAUUGUGGAAGGUUAGGUGCAUUAAUACAUUGUUUGUGAAGUUGUACAACCAUUUUGGAAUACAGUUUGGGAUUAUACAAAUAAAGUGACUAAAAUGUCCUUACCCUUUGAACUAGACACUCCAUUACUGGGUUUAUAUUUAAGGAGGCCAUCCAUAAGAAGAAAGAUGCCAUAUACUUCAAAAUAUUUAUAGUAGCAUUUUUUUGUGAUAGCUAAGAAUUGGAAACAAAUUAGAUGCUUAUCAUUUGGGAAAUGUCUAAACAGACUAUGGUAUCUAAAUGUAAUGGGAUAUUAUUAUGCUAUGAGAAAUUAUAUAUUUGAUGAAGACAAAGAAGCAUGUUAAAGAUCUUUAUGAACUAAUGCAAAGUGAAGUAAAUAAAACCAAGAAAUCAACAUAUACUGUGACUACAAAGAACUACAUAAACAAAAAUUGAAACUAGAUAUAAUAAAAUUAUAAAGAUCAAACAAGACUGAAAAGAAGAGUUCUAAGAAGAAAUCUCCAACCUACCCCUUUGUGGAGAUGGGAGAAAUUCCCAAGUGUCACACGUUACACGUUUUCAGAUUUUCUAUGUAUCAAUCAGUUGUACCAAUUUUCUUAAAAACCCUUUCCUUCCAUUUUAGAAUCAGUGCUAUGUUUUUGUUCCAAGGCAGAAGAGUGGUAAGGGAUAAGCAAUGGGGAUCAAGUGAUUUGCCCAGGGUCACACAGCUAGAAACUGUCUGAGGUCAAAGUUGAACCCAAGACCUUCUAUCUUCAGGCAUGGCUGGCUCUCAGUCCAUUGAGCCACCUAGCUGCCCCCAUACCAAAUUUUAAAAAACUCUUUAAAAAAAAAAUACUAGUUGUCAUAUAGGAAUACUCUUGAAGAAGGAAGGGGAUACUUUAGAUAAUGAAACUCAAAAUAUCAACAAAAAAAUUACUUUUAAAAAAGCAGAGUCCUCAGAGGUGGAUUAUUAUAGGUUUGCCUAUAAUAGCUCAGUAUUAUUUGCCAUAUAUUUUUAAAAUGAUAGAAAUGAGGAGUCUUGUGAAAUAGAUAUUUUUGAAGAAACCCUAAAUUUUAGAUAAAGAAUAUAGGUGGAAAAGUGGUAGUAUUGUCCAAUAACCUUGAUGUUGUCUUUGUUGCUGCUUGGUAAAAGGGAAAAGGAAGUGGGUGGGGGGGAUAAUCUGUGAACAGCACAGAGAGAGCAAAGAGACAUAGGGUCUCUUCUUUGUUGAGCUCCAGCCAGUGUUCUUUCAUGCUAUGUUGCCUCACCUGCCUUUCUGUCUACCAAAGAAUGUUAGUGAGAAUAUGACUGUUAGAUGACUUCCAUCCAGUUUAUGACAAAGGGAGAAUGAUUUUACUAUAAUAAAAUGACUCAGCUGACUAACCAAUGUGAACUUUGAAAAAUAAUCUUUUAAAAAUGUAUUUACUUAAAAUAGAAAAGAAGAAACCAUUAUAGCAAGACUUAAAGCAAAUGAGUAGACAUUUUCCACAUUUUACAUAGCAAAAUCUUGAACAAACUGAGUUCCUGUAUUCCUAAUCAGUUCUGCAAACGGUAAUGAUCUAAGUUUCCUUCCAGCUCCAGUUAAAUGUAUACACUCUAUUCCUCUUAGCCCCACAGAACCUUCAUAAUUAAAGAACUCCAAAUAGGCAAAGACAAAAAGGUGGAAAUCAUCAAUUCUGGAGGGUUUGUAGAAAGACAGGCCUACAUUGUCAACCAUUGUUAUUAAAAAAUGAACUCCCUAUCAUUAUUUAUGACUGUUGCUUCCAGUUAGGCUAUAUGAUUAAUACCAUUAUUGCUUCUCUUCCUUAAAAUUUUAUUAUCUUUUAUUUUUAUGUCACUGUCAUUUCUAAAUAAAUCCUCCUCUACUACUAAUCAGUCAACAAUCAUAAAGUAAGUACUAUGUAUACUAGGUAUUGUGCUAAGUGCUGAGGAUACCAAACAUGGCAAAAGGCAAUUCGAUAUGCUUUCUUUAAAAGAAAGAGAGAAAAAAUGUUUUUUGUUUGUUUUUGUUUUCAAGGCAGUUCAGCAAAAUUACUAUCUCUUCUAUGGGACCAAGUUUGGUAAUUAUAAUUAGAGUAUUCAGGCCUUGUUUCUUCUUUCCAUUUAUUUUUUGUCAUUGUUCAGUCGUGUCCAAUUCUUCAUAAACCCCAUUGAGAGUGUUCUUGGUAAAGAUAUUGAAGUUGGUUGUCAUUCAUCCUCCAGCUCAUUUGACAGUCGAGAAAAUAGAUAAAUAGUGACUUGCCGAUGGUCACACAACUAAUAAGUAUCUGAUGCUGGAUUCAAACUCGGGAAGAUGAGUCCUCCUGACUUCCAACCUGGAAUUCUAUCUACUUCAUCAUUUAGCUUCCUGUCUUUCCAUUUAUAGUGUUAUAAUCAUUGUGUAUGUUAUUAUACAUAUUGUUAUGUUGUUUUGGGGAUGUAUGGGGUGCUCAGGGAGGGGCAGUAUCUCUGGUCUGGAGGGCUUGUCGUGCCCUUCUAGGGCAGCUCUCCAGCCUCUGACACCCACCUGACACCCAGCCCUCACUUGUGGCUCCCAGUAGCUGCUAGCAUGUGGCAGAGGCCACACCCCGGGCAAUGGCUUCCACAGGCCGGCUAACAUUGUGAGAGUAGCCAUCAGGUCUUAGACCCCUGGUGAACUAGGGCUUUGCUCACCCAGCAUGUGAAGAGUGCUUCGGCCAAACAGACAGAAGAAACCAAUAAGAAGGUUCAACUGCUGAGAGGGCAACGCAGCAAAGCACUGUGGAGUGCUUAGGGCGUGAUGGAGCACAAAAGACAACCCGGCCAUCCAAUGCAGCUGAGGAAGUCUCCAGGUGUAAUGACUUUUCGUGCCAAUGGACCCAGGCUUCCAACGCCGAGAGAGUGGGACUGUCUCUGUGCAUCCAAUGACUUUUCCACUUAAAUCUCCUUCACACACAAGUGUCUUUGUGCACACUCAUCUAUCAUAGAUGAAAAUGCACAAAGACAAUCAUCAUCCUCAGUUACCAAGAGACUACUACUACUACUAUAUGUUGUUUUAAAACUUUCCUUCCUUUUCUUUUUCAUUUGGGGCUGAAUUUCAUAAGUGUGGGGAAUCCCUGACUUGGAAAUUUCCCCCUCUGAUGCAAAUCAAACAAAUUGCCUAAAUCACCAAAUUCCCAUCUUAGUUGUGUGAGAUGGUUAAGUGACUUGCCCUUGAUAGUAUAUGUCAGGCUAUAAAUGGAAUUCAGAUCUUAUGUGACUCAAAAUGUGGCUUUGAUUCCUCUGCCAUGUUGCUUCUUCUAGGACUUCAUAGCAUAUUUAAGAAAAUAGGAAUGUCAGAAGAAGGAAUUGUUUAAGUGUUUUUGAGAAUACUUGGCAAUCUCCUUGAAGGUUAUCAGAGUAGAGCCUUACAGCUCAUCCAUCAAGAUUUAUAGAAUGUUAGCAUUGGGAGUAAUCUUAGAAAUUAUCUAAUUCAGUCUUUUUCAUUCUGCAGUGAAGGAACUUGAAGUCCCACAAAAAUUAUUUUUGCUAACUGCUAGGAAAUGGUGCUGACUUCAAACCCCAGGCCCUUUCCCCUAUACCCCAUUUGCUUAAAUGUUUCUUUUAGCAAAGACAUUAGUUCUCAUGGACCUAUUAUGAAAGGGGAAGCAGUCUUUUCUGUCUGAGAAACAUUCAGAACGUACAAGAAACAUCUAAUGAAUUAUAUUCCCAGCCUCUGCAUUAUUGCAGUUUCAUGGAAAGAAGCACCCAUCCCCAUAGUUAGCUGUGUUCUCUUUGGCUUUGAUCAUUACUCCCACUUCCAGCAUGUAGCUCUUCCAGGGAAAUGUUCUCUGAAGAGUCACAAGGUCAUGAAGACUCAACAGUUCAAUUCACCAAACAGUUAUGUGUAAGACACUGAAUGCUCAAGUGUUGGAAUUACAAAGACAAACAGCAAACAGUCUCUGCCCAAAAGAGCUGAUGUUCCUCUGGGGUAUGUGAGAGGGCUUGGUGUAUACAAUUAAAUGUAAAAUGUUUCUAGUUAUAUAAUGAUAUCAUAUUGGAAAGACCCCUCUCUGGAGUAGUGAGAAUACAUACAAUGAUCCUUCUUCACAAAAGAAGGAACAGAUAACCAAAAGGAUAAAUGACUUGCCAGUAAUCACAUAGUCAGGAAGUGCUCAAGCCAAAGGUCAGAUUCGGGUCUCAUGACUCCUAAAUACAGAGCUCCUUUUCACUGUCCUCCUCUGCUUCUGAGAAGUAACAGGUGCAUCUGGAGGCACCAAACUUCAUGGAGAUUAUUCAUAUCUGUACAAUGAGAUUGCUGCCCAAAUUAUUCCCACAUGCCAAUAGCCAAACCCUGUUUUUCAUGAGUCUCCUGGGAAGAGAAAAGGAGAAGCUGUGAAUUGGACAGGACCAUUUGUUACCAUUUGUCAGCACAGUAGGAGGCUUCCUGUGAUGCUGAAAUGAUGGGCAUGACACAUUUGAAGAUUAAUGCAGUGUGUCUGGCCUGCUUUGGAGUGUGUUGGUUGCUGCAUGCCAAAUGCAUGGCAGAUGCUUUUCCAACUUUUUGCCUGGCCUACCUCUCCACCAUCUGCCCCUGAAUUCAGACUGGUUUACAGGACCCUGAGGCUGGAAACUCAUUAUCUGUCCUGGAUCUCUGCAGCUGCAGAGCAGUGCAAUGCAGAAUAUAACACAUUGUAAGAGGGAACAUCCCCAUUCAGUUUGAACCAGUUUAAUUUAAAAUAUCCUUCUUGGGCAUAAGUUAUGAACUACAUUUGGCCUGGCCUAGGGCUACAGUGUUUUUAAACCGCCUGAGAAUGAGGCAGUUUAGGGGCUCUCUUUAGAGCCAUUGAUUUAUAUAAUUCUCUACAGAGACACCGUUACAGAGAACACCAUAGAAGUCAAAUGACAUGAUUUCAAGUCACAGCUCUUUUGUGAACUAGUUGUAUAUGACCUUGAUUAAAUAAUUUAAUUUCUUCCAUCCAUACUUUCCUUAACUGUAAAAUAAGAAAGUUGGGCUAAAUGAUUUUUAAGGACCCUUCCAGCUCUAACAAUGUAAUACAACUUUGAUGGAAUAUAAAGAAUAUUAUAUUUGUCAUAAGAGGAUCUGGAUUCAAACCCUGGCUUUGUUUAAUACCCCU